AUGCCCGUGGAGCAAGCCCCCGGUACCCUCGGGAAUCUCACCCCGGAGCAAGAGACCAAGCUGCAAGAGUUCUGGGUGCUCGCCCUCAAGGUCUUCGGUGUCCCGCUCGAUGUCAUCGAAGAGGCCUCCCAGACCAAUGGCGCCAGCCAGACGGAGGCUUCCUCCAGCCCGACUCCAGACAAGAAGAAGGCCGGCGGCAAGCGUCGGUGGGGACUCUGGGGCCGCAGCGACGACACGGACGACGACACGAAGAGCGUUGCCUCCGCGAACGGGAUCACCUCGAGCCUGGCCUCGAUCAACAUCUCCGACGGGGACGACAAGUUCGGCCAGUCGAAGGAGUUCCAACAGGCCCUCGUCGAGCUGCAGCCGGAGGAGAUCCGCACCGCCUUCUGGAACAUGGUCAAGCAGGACAACCCCGACUCCUUACUCCUGCGGUUCCUGCGCGCACGCAAGUGGGAUGUCAAGAAGGCUCUGAUCAUGCUCAUCUCCACCAUGCGCUGGCGUCUGCAGGAGGUCCAUGUCGACGAUGAUAUCAUGGCCAAUGGUGAGGCCCAGGCCCUUCGGCUGUCCAAGAGCUCCGACUCCGCGGAGAAGAAGAAAGGCGAGGAAUUUUUGCACCAGAUGCGCAUGGGCAAGAGUUUCUUGCACGGCGUGGACCGGUUCGGCCGGCCCAUCUGUGUGGUCCGCGUGCGGCUGCACCGCGCGUCGGAGCAGGAGGUCGACACACUGGAGCGGUUUACGGUGUAUACAAUUGAGACGGCGCGGUUGUUGUUGGCGCCCCCGAUCGAGACUGCGACGAUCGUAUUUGAUAUGACUAACUUCACUCUGGCCAAUAUGGACUACACCCCCGUAAAGUUCAUGAUUAAGUGCUUCGAAGCCAACUACCCUGAAUCUCUUGGCUCUGUUCUCAUCCACAAGGCUCCGUGGAUCUUCUCCAGCAUCUGGAGCAUCAUCAAGGGCUGGCUCGACCCUGUGGUCGCCGCCAAGAUCCAUUUCACCAAGAACCGCGAAGACUUAGAAGCCUUCAUUCCCCCGGGCCAGAUCAUGAAAGAGCUCGAAGGUGACGAGAACUGGGAGUACGCCUAUGCCGAGAUCCGAGACGGCGAGAACACUAAAAUGGAAGAUACCGAGACUCGCGACAAGCUGAUCGCCGAGCGCCAGAUACUCGCCAAAGAGAUCCAAGACAUCACCAUUGAAUGGAUCCGCGCCAGCUACAAGAAAGAGAGCGAGGCGGUGGCUGCCGCGCGGGAAAAGCGCAGUGGCUUGAUUGAGCAACUGCGCACGCAAUACUGGGUGCUGGACCCGUAUAUCCGGGCUCGCUCGUUGUAUGACCGACUGGAUAUUAUCAAGGGCGACGGCAAGAUCGAGUUUUACCCCGAAGCUUCGAAAAAGAGUGAGGAGAAGACUGAUGCGGGUGCUGCGGGUGAGGCGACCGAUGCUGCCUAG